AUGGCGAAAUUUUCGGUGGACCGAGAAGACGACGGCGACGUUGUACCCAGCAGCCGCAAUCUUGGCAAGAGGCACCGCUUUCCUCCUUCUGGCUAUCAUUCGGAACAAGAAGAACGUAGACGUAGCCGUAGCCGAAGCCAACCCGUUGAAGAAGAAGAGGGAGGUAGAGAAGAAGAGGGAGACCGACGUUCAGACAACGAUUGGGGAGAUGAAUUGAUCCUAAGCGAAGAAGAAUCAGAAGAACAGGAUGAAGACCGAUCAGUGUCCAUGGAUUGGUUCGGAGAUGAGUACUCGUACGGUCGCGGUUGGUCCCCUCCAUUUGGCCGGAAGAUUGGGUCAUUUGAGUUCACUCUCAUGGACCCAGAUGUGUUUGACUGCACCGUCUGUCUCGAGCCCUUGACAAUCCCCAUUUUUCAGGUUCAAUUUUCUUUUAACCAGGUUUUCAUUUUCUGUUGA